UUGAUUCACUUCAUCUUUAUUACUAUUACGCGUAUAAGAAAGUUGCGAGGCGGCGUCGCGGCGCACAUAUACGAUUUAACACUAAAUGGCUUGCUCCUGCGCCCACUCUGCAUUAGCCUGAAAGCCUGCGAGGGGGCUUGCGCAUUGGCCAUUAGCAUGAUGGCGUGCUCAUAUCUGAGUGCAUCGGGAGUCAAAGCUCAAUCUUCGACGACCGGGUGUUGGACUCCGCCGUACUGCAUGCCUGAGCCUGAGUCAAGUCGAAUGCUUCCCUUCAACCGACCACCUCUACCACCUUUGGUGGUACCACCUCUUGUGGUACCACCUCUACCACCGUCGCCCUUACCAUCGCUACCACUGAGCGCUGCCAUCUCAGAGCCAGCAUUGGACUUGACCACGUCAAUGAAGUCUCGCGUUCCGUCGUCCGAAGACGACUCCGAGUGA